AUGCCCGGCAACGACGCCCUCUCGCUCAUGGACGCAAGCAGGCAAGCCCCCGGCAGGCGCCCCACUGAACCCUUCAACUCGAUUUCGAUCUGCAACCGCGAGAUCAUCGGGAAGGUGCAGCAGGUGAUCUGCUUCGCGUUCCACGACAGCAACCUGCUGCUGGAGACCUGCCGGGAAGCUAAGGACUCGAAGAAGAUCGUCACCCUGUUCUACCUCGACUGA